UGAGGGAGAGCCGAGCCCAUGGCGGGGCCCUGCGGGCAGAAAAGGGUUGUGAGGGAGAGCCGAGCCCAUGGCGGCGGCUGUGGCGGAACGGGGCGAAGAGGAGCCGGGGGUGGCUCUCAGCCCACGGCCGCCUUCUCCUGUCAAGCACCGGGCUGUGCGUGCUGCACUCUGCCCGCAGAGAGAGCGUGCGGAGAGGCGGCGUUUGAGGAAAUUGCUAAUAAACCGGGAGACACGCGACUCGUGAUUGUGAUACACAACGACUCUGUUUUAUCCGUCAGUGUGAGGGAGACAAAGUCAUGGAAUCACAGAGUAUUCCGAGUUGGAAGGGACUCACGCGGACAUGGAGUGGACCUUGAUGGCCAUGGCCUCAGGGCUCGGUGAUUUCCCCGGGGAGGGCUGAGGAGCCCCGUCAGGGCAUCCCUGCCCCGCUUAAUGACAGCGGGGGCGGAAAGCAGAGCUGUAUUAAGUGUUUUAAAACACAAUCAGACUUAAGCCGGGAGAUGCUCAGGGUGACUUAAAGCCGGCAGAGCCUGUCAGUGCUUGGGCGUCUGCGGCGAGGGGGGCUGAGGAGACGCGCCUUUGUGCGUGGAGUGAGAGGGAUGGAGCAGCAGAACUCGGCUCCAGCGGCUGUAACUCAAGUGGUCGUGCUGGUAAUUUAUUUAUUUUCAUGGGGGUUUUGAGGGGAAGGCUGGAUAUAUGGAGGCACGGAGCCUCCCCUCCCUUCCGCGGCGGCGGAGCUCCGGGCGGGGGGCGCCGCUUCCCUGAGGUUGGAACACACCUUCCCGGGGCUGGAAUACACCUUCCCGGGGCUGGAAUACCGCUUUCCCGGGGCUGGCAGGCGAUUCCAGUCCCGUUUCGCUGCUCAGUGGAGCUGAUGGCUACAGCCCACCUCUGCGUAGGGCUGUGUAAACUUGGAGGAACUCGGGUAUUUUCAGUGCAGACCUUCACUCGCAUCGCCGCGCAGCCAAGAUGCCCGAGCAGAGCAACGAUUACAGGGUGGUGGUGUUCGGAGCAGCCGGGGUUGGCAAAAGCUCCUUGGUCCUGCGUUUUGUAAGGGGGACUUUCCGGGAAACCUAUAUCCCCACCAUCGAGGACACGUACCGGCAGGUGAUCAACUGUGACAAGAGCAUCUGCACGCUUCAGAUCACGGACACCACGGGCAGCCACCAGUUCCCUGCUAUGCAGCGCCUCUCUAUAUCCAAGGGGCAUGCCUUCAUCUUGGUGUACUCCGUCACCAACAGGCAAUCCAUGGAAGAUCUUCAUCCCAUCUUUGACCAGAUAUGUCAGAUUAAAGGGGACAUCCAAAAAAUCCCCAUAAUGUUGGUGGGGAACAAAAGUGAUGACACGCAGAGGGAGCUGGAGGCCAGCGAGGGGCAAGCUCUGGCCAGCAAGUGGAAGUGUGCUUUCAUGGAGACAUCGGCCAAAAUGAACUACAACGUGCAGGAGCUGUUCCAGGAGCUCCUGAAUCUGGAGCAGAGGAGAACUAUCAGUCUCCAGGUGGACGGAAAGAAAUCCAAGCAGCAGAAGAAGAAAGAUAAACUGCAAGGCAAGUGCUCUGUUAUGUGACUGCCUUUGGCUCUACUCGCUGCACAGUGUAGUCGGAGCGUGGAUUCCCAUGGAAAACACAUUUCUGCCGGAUGAUUUGGAGGGAUCCAUGCCUUACAGAGCUGUUGCUUUUCUCUAAAACCCCCACUGGAUUAUUUUACAUGUUGGUUUUAAAGAGGAUGCCUUCUGCAUGUUUAUUUUUUUAAACCAAUAAAUGUUCCAUGUUAACAAUUACCUCUGACUAGAAGUUUUUAAUGCAAGAAGUUUUACAGAGGAGAAGAAUGUCUGUCAGAGCAAACAUCUCUAUUCCUGUGAGUACACGCCAGUUUUUAAAUAUCUCCAGCCUCUUAGCUUGAAGGAAAUCAUCUUUAAUAUGUAGACUUCAAAAACUGUUUUCAGUAAUCUGUUGACCAGAGAAAAUCUCUAGCAAAGUGAGGCAUCUGCACUAAAAAUGAA